CUCAGUCGUGUUCCAAUUUCCCGUCGAGAUUCCACCGGCAUAUACGUACACUGCGGCUGUACAAGUUACAGCGACUACUUUGGACGAACACGCACCGGCCAGUGCGAGGCUUCAUAAAAAAUGUCCACAUACAGCGACAUCUCCAAGCCGGCCCCGCCGCUGCCAACCACGAACCUCAAAAGCAUCGGCUCCGGGGUGUCCUUGCUCGCCCCACUGAGUCGCCGAGGGCAUGGUCCCGGAAUCAUCCUGCUGGUGCCGGACCAUGAGGACCAACUGACGAUUUCUCAGGGCGUCCCUUCGCUGUUGGUCAAGUGGGCCGAGGAGGGGUAUGCUGUCGUCGAGAUACAGCGGAAAGCCCUAGAGGGUGAUGCGGCCGCCGCGGUGUCGCUGGCUGUGGAUGGUCUGGCUGGGUGUGAAGCAUGUCAGCCCAAGGAUAAGAUCGGUGUCGUCGCAUAUGACCCUUAUGCGUGGAACCUCUCUGCCGAAUCCAUCAACAAAGUUCCUUCGAUAGCAGCAGUAGCAAUCUACACCGAUGUGGACCAGACACAGUCACUAGCCGCAACAUCAGUGCCCACGAUCCACCACGUCGCCGGCAAGUCGAGCACGCCUCCGGUCCGCUCUGAAGCUCUCACUGCGUACCACUACCCGGGGACCACCAGCCACGCCUUUGCUACCCCCUUCCAGCCAACCUUUAGCUACACCACCGAGGCCCUCUCGCACACGCGCAACCUGAACCUGCUCAAGCGGCACAUGGGCGGGCCCAACUUUGACCUCGAGCAGAUCUGGGAUGAGCACUGCCACUACGAGUUUGUCGACAGGUCGGCCGAGCACACCAUGAGCACUAUGGUGCAGGAGCCAUAUGUCAAUCACGUGCCUGUGCUCACAGGAGGUGUAGGCCGGGAGCCCCUGACGAGCUUCUACCGCUCGCACUUCAUCUUCAGUAACGCCUCCGAUGCUGAGCUGGAGCUGGUCAGCCGCUCCGUGGCCAUCGACCGCGUCAUUGACGAGUUUAUUUUCAAGUGCACUCACAACCUCGAGAUAGACUGGCUAGUCCCUGGCAUCCCACCCACCGGCAAGAAGCUAGAGAUUCCAUUCACCGCCGUAGUCAACAUCCGCGGCGACAGGCUAUUCCACGAACACAUCUCCUGGGACCAGGGCACCGUGCUGCGCCAGCUCGGUCUGAUGCCCGAGUACCUGCCAUUCCCUUACCCGAUGCCGGACGGCCGGACUCCCGAGCCGGGGAAGCGGUUCGAGUACCGAGUGCCGGUGGCGGGGGUGGAAACGGCCAACAAGAUGAGGGAUCGGAACUCGGUGUCGUCGAAUGGGAUGUUUCAGUUUAGGGUCCGUGAAGUUUAGAGUCGGAGGGGCUUUAUCUGAGCUGGGUUAGUGCACAUCUAGACUUGUCUUGCAGGCUAAUAUUUCACUAGCAGGCGGUUUCAGGGUACUUUUGAAUUAUCUAGGAAAUCAUCAAUCAUUUCAGUUCUCG